CAAAUAAAAUUAAAAUAAAAAAUCGUGAUAAUAUAAUAGUGAAAUCUUUUUUAUUUUGCUAAUUUUCAGGAAGCCCAAAGAAACUACAGAAUUCUGAGGACAGUAGUCCCCAUUACAUCAUCUUAGACGUCAAAUAGUGAGGGAUAAGUUCACUGUCAAAAAUAAACUCAGCGCAGCAAUUGGCUUCAUGUGGGAUGAGCUGAAAAGAGAUAUUCCAGUUGGCACACGAGUGUUGUGGGGAGCAUUUCAGAACAAUUAAUUCAAAGGCCUCCUUAGAGUCAAUCUCAACAUCAAGAGCCUUAAGUCCAAGGUCAAAAGCAAUCCUCAAUCCUCAAACCUUUAGGUUGUGUUUGGAUGGAGCUUAGAAUAAUCCUAAAGGUUUGAGAUUGCUUUUGACCUUGGACUUAAGGCUCUUGAUGUUGAGAUUGACUCUAAGGAGGCCUUUGAAUUAAUUGUUCUGAAAUGCUCCCCACAACACUCGUGUGCCAACUGGAAUAUCUCUUUUCAGCUCAUCCCACAUGAAGCCAAUUGCUGCGCUGAGUUUAUUUUUGACAGUGAACUUAUCCCUCACUAUUUGAUGUCUAAGAUGAUGUAAUGGGGACUACUGUCCUCAGAAUUCUGUAGUUUCUUUGGGCUUCCUGAAAAUUAGCAAAAUAAAAAAGAUUUCACUAUUAUAUUAUCACGAUUUUUUAUUUUAAUUUUAUUUGGGUUCCACAAACCACAAUAUCCCAUCUAUUAAUAUUUGUUUUUAUUUCCACCUAAAGUCUCUCUCACACAAGCCCUAAUUCUCUCUCUUCCUGAAACGAGUUUCUCUCAAACUCUCCUCUCCCCUCAGGCAUCAGCGCUCCUCACCGCCACACGCUUAUUUUCCAGAAAUUGGCCCAACGUAGUUUCCUAUAAAUAGGAUUAAAGUCGGGUUCUUAGCAAUGCUUGAAACCACCAAUAUGAAGCAGCCACCUCCACCGUUGUUGUUGUCGCUGGUCUUACCCGAGGAAUUGAUCAUCGAAAUUCUCCUUAAGCUUCCAGUGAGAUCCCUUCUACGAUUCAUAUGCGUAUGCAAAUCAUGGAAAACUCUUAUCGACAGUCCCCAAUUUGUGAAGGACCACCUUCGCAACUCCAUGUCAGAUACAAACAUGACCCGUCAACAAUUGGUCUCUUUUGCAAAAAAUGAAUCGAACAAAAUAGAAACAUGUUCAGUGCAGUCAUUGUUCGAAAACCCAUCAGCCCCUCCGGAAAUACUUAGCUUCAGGGUGGAGUCCAAGCACCAAUAUAUUGUAGGUUCAUGUUAUGGGCUGAUGUGUUUGUGUGAUCAUAACGGUUAUUUCAGGUUGUGGAACCCUUCUACUAGAUUGGCUUCUGUGAGAUCUCCACGCAUCAAUAUUGUGAAAUUGUUCACUCGUUAUGGCUUUGGUUAUGAUCAAGUUAAUGACAAGUACAAGGUGCUAUAUACUAGAGGCUUUGAGACUAGAGUUCAUACCUUUGGUACCAAUUGUUGGACAACUAUUCACACUUCCCCACGUGCACGGCCAGAAUGGUCAGAUGAGGAGGAAGGAAAAUUUGUGAGCGGCACUUUGAAUUGGUUAGCUCCUAAAAGAGAUUGUAUUAUUUCCUUUGAUUUGGAGAAUGAGACUUAUGAUGAAGUGUUACUCCCUCUUCAACUACAUGACGACUCUCCCCGCAAUCAUGUGCUAGAUGCCUUGAGUAACUGUCUUUGUUUGAGUUACUCUAACAAUAUUCAUUGUGCUGUGUGGUUGAUGAAAAAAUAUGGCAUUCAAGAGUCUUGGACCAAGUUGAUAUCAAUACCUCGUUGGAAGUUACAGAUUCCUAAGCGCCCUAGGUGCGUUAGGCUUUCUUUUCACCUUCGCCCCUUGUGCAUUUCAGAAAAUGUGGUGGUUCUGGUGAGAUCUAAUGAUGGUCAUGUAGUUAUGUUUAACACAAAUAAUGGCAAGUUGAAGUUUCCUAAGAUCAAGGGAAGAAUUAGUCACGAUAUGCAUAUUUACCAUGAGUGUUUAGUUUCACCAUUGUAGAGUCUUCCUAUUUUUACUUAUAUGGUUUUGAAAUUGUUUUCUUAAUAAGUAAGAACAUUUGAUCUCAUGACUCCAAUAUUACGAAAUUUAUGAGACUUAAAGUUGUUUGGGUGAACCUCAAUUAUGUAUUACCAGUGUUGUAUUCGCCUUAUA